UUUUUAUUUAAAUAUUUUCAGAUAGAAUGUCAGAAGUAAAUAGUUUGGUUGAGGACUUGAAAAAAUCUUUAGAAUGUCCAGUUUGUUUUAAUAUACCCAGGAAGCCACCGAUAUUUCAAUGUGAGAACGGUCAUCUCAUCUGUGCCGAGUGUAAACCUAGAAUACUCUCCUGUCCGCAGUGCAGAAAACCAUUUCGAGGACGACUACUGUUUGCAGAGAGUUUACUAGACAGAGUUCCGGUUCCUUGCAGAUAUCAGACUGAAGGAUGUGAUUUGGAGGUAGUAUGUGGUUAUAUUGAAGAACAUGAGGCUAGAUGUCACUUCGGACCUACUUCUUGUUCCUAUUCUGAGUAUGGGUGUACAGAGGUCAUUACAAGAAUGGAGCUUGGCAAGCAUCAAGAAAUCUGUGGGUUUUCACCAAUAACUUGUCAAGUUGCAGAUUGUAAAAAGAAGAUCGGGAAAAACCUUUAUCUAAGACAUAUUCAGACGGAACACAGUCCAGGACUUCAGAUCAAUUCCAUGAACAGCAUUCUUUUCUUCGUUCUUAUCAUUAGUAUUUUCACCAACCUCAUGCUCUACUGGUGAUUCAUGAUCAGAUCUGUCUUCUUCUGUCUCUUCAUUAGUAUCAUCACCAACCUCUUGCUCUUCUGGUGAUAAGUUCAAAAUGAAUAUCAUUCUCAAGUUCAAAAUGAAUAUCAUUCUCUUCUUCUGUCUCAUCAUUAGUAUUAUCCAAAACCUUAUUCUCUACUGGUGAUUCAUGAUCAGAUCUUUCUUCUUCCUUCCCAUCAUAAGUAUCAUCACCAACCUCAUUCUGUAAAUCAACAAAGAAGUUUUUACUGAUCUCAGAUUUGUUUCACAUUGCCUUUAUUAAUGUAUUUUUUUUAAUUAGUUUGUUUAAAGAUGCAUCAAAUUCUCAUCUCGCUAUAAUCUUCUAUUCAAGAUAAAAAUUUAAUUAUUUGUAUUGUGUGUUGUUUUAAUUCCUUAAACAAUGAAAUCAUUAUUAUUCACAAAUGCAUUAUAAAGUCUUUAAAUCAAACUUUAUUGUGAUACAGAUAUUCGUUUCUUGUUAUACUUAAAUCAAAAAGAUAGUUAAAAAUUUUAUAUUUUUAUAUAUGUGUGUCAAAAGUUCAUGUCAACUGCUAGUCUUGUUAUAAAAAUUAAACAAACAUUUUUAUAAUUUUUCCAGAAUGUUCUAGAGCAAUGUCAAUGUCAAAGUUUGUAGAAUCCCACAUGGCCGGCCUGGCUGUUGGUACAGUAGCUUGUGCGGUCAGCCUUUAUGUUCUGUUCGGACCCACAGGUCACAGG